AUGGGGGAAGCAUACGGCACCUGGAAGAUGGGCCCGGACGAAGAUUUGAUGCCAUUAAUCGAUAUCGCCAACGUAGCUUGUGGUUUCCAUGGCGGUGAUCCAGUGGUGAUGCACAAAACCAUCAAGCUUGCGAAGAAGCAUGGUGUUUUAGUUGGUGCGCACCCUUCCUUGCCUGAUCGGGAGGGUUUCGGGAGGCGAUAUAUCGACAUCUCACCAUCUGAUCUAUUCGACCAGCUAGUAUACCAAAUAGGUGCUGUGGAAGGUAUGCUACGAGCGGAGCAGAUGAAGCUGCACCAUGUGAAGACACAUGGUUAUCUGUGGAGGAUGUGCCAGAACAGUGACGCUCACUGUCGAGCAGUCAUGGACGCAGUCAAAGUCUUUGAUACUCGGAUCAUGGUCAUUGCAGGGACGAAAAUGGAGACUAUGGCCACGGAGAUGGGAUUUGAAGUCAUUCCCGAGUUCUAUCCCGAUAUUCACUACAACGAAAAUGGCCAACUGAUGUCUAUACUGUGA